AUGGCAACGCCGACGGUGCGGACCGGCCUCCUGCGCGCCCUCAGCAGGCGGCCCCACGGGCUCCGGAGCCGCCCAAGCGCCUCCGGGGAGUCUUCCUCGGCCCGCCUCGCCAGCAGCGGUGGCGGCGGUGGAGGCGGAGAGCCCCGAGGCCGGCCGAGCGCCCCCUGCCUGGGGGGAGACUACCGGGAGCUGCGCGAGCGGGCGCUGCGGGAGCCCGGGCCCUUCUGGGGGGCGCUGGCGCGGGAGGCCCUGCGGUGGGACGCCCCGCACCACACCGACUGCGAGUGGGACUUCGCUCGGGGCCACGUCCGCUGGUUCCUGGGCGGCCGCUUAAAUGUGGCGGUUAACUGCUUGGACCAGCAUGCACAUAAUUCUCCAGACAGAGUGGCUUUGAUCUGGGAAAAAGACGAGCCUGGCACUGAAGAGAAAAUCACUUACAGGGAGCUUCUGGAUAUGACCUGCUGUCUGGCUAAUACAUUGAAGAAAAAUGGUAUAAAAAAGGGGGACCGAGUUGCUAUCUAUAUGUCUGUGUCUCCACUGGCAGUGGCUGCCAUGUUGGCCUGUGCAAGAAUUGGUGCUGUUCACACAGUUGUUUUUGCUGGAUUCAGUGCAGAAUCCUUAGCUGGAAGGAUCAAUGACUCUGAAUGCAAAGCAGUCAUCACCUAUAACCAGGGACUCAGAGGAGGAAGGAUUAUAGAGCUGAAGAAGACCGUGGAUGAAGCUGUAAAGAACUGUCCAAGUGUUAAUUGUGUCUUUGUGGCUCAGAGAACAACCAACAAAAUCCACUUGGGGAGUCGGGAUAUUCUUCUUGAAGAAGAGAUGGCUAAGGAGUCUUCAGUUUGCCCCCCUGAAAUCAUGGACAGUGAAGACAUGCUUUUUAUGCUUUAUACCUCAGGGAGCACAGGGAAACCUAAAGGGAUUGUUCACACCCAGGCUGGCUAUCUGCUUUAUGCUGCGUUAACACACAAGCACGUAUUUGACUAUAAACAAGAUGAUGUUUUUGGCUGUGUAGCUGACAUUGGCUGGAUCACAGGACACAGCUAUGUUGUAUAUGGACCUCUCUGCAAUGGAGGCACCACGGUUCUGUUUGAAAGCACACCAGUUUAUCCUGAUCCAGGUCGCUAUUGGGAAACUGUAGAGAGGUUAAAAAUUAAUCAGUUUUAUUGUGCCCCCACUGCAUUGCGGUUGCUUCUGAAGUAUGGAGAUGAAUAUGUCAAGAAGUAUGAUAGAUCAUCUUUAACUACUCUUGGAUCAGUGGGAGAACCGAUAAACCAUGAAGCUUGGCAAUGGUUCUAUGAUGUGGUAGGAGAUGGACGGUGCUCCCUUGUGGACACUUGGUGGCAAACAGAAACUGGUGGCAUUUGCAUUGCUCCUCGGCCUUCAGAGAAAGGAGCGGAGAUUAUUCCAGCUAUAGCAAUGCGGCCAUUCUAUGGGAUUACCCCAAUACUGGUGGAUGAGAGGGGGAAAAUUAUAGAAGGCAACAAUGUCUCUGGUGCUCUGUGCAUUGCACAGCCAUGGCCUGGUAUAGCAAGGACCAUUUAUGGGGACCAUCAAAGAUUUAUAAAAGCUUACUUCAAAACCUACCCAGGUUACUAUUUCACAGGAGAUGGUGCUCACCGAACCAUAGAAGGCUAUUACCAGAUAACAGGGCGAAUGGAUGAUGUUUUAAACAUUAGUGGACAUAGACUUGGAACUGCAGAGAUUGAAGAUGCCAUGGCUGAACAUCCGGAAGUACCAGAAACAGCUGUGAUUGGUUAUCCCCACGAGCUCAAAGGGGAGGGUGCAUUUGCUUUCGUAGUGCUGAGGGAUGACACUGCUCUUCCAGAAACCAUUACUAAAGAACUUAGAGGAAUAGUUGCUUCUAAAAUAGCAAAGUAUGCUGUGCCUGAUCAUGUUCUGGUGGUAAAGCGCCUUCCCAAAACUCGAUCUGGGAAAAUCAUGAGACGAUUGCUACGGAGGAUAGUGACAGACAAUGCCAGUGACCUGGGAGAUAUCACCACACUGGAUGACCCCAGCGUCAUCAAAGAAAUACUUGACACAUAUGAGGAAUACAAAGUAAAGCAUCCUACUUUAUAACAAGGAACCAUGGAGAUUAGCUCUGU